AUGUCUCCAACAGGUGCUAGAAAAGACGUCAAGAAGUAUGCAUAUUACGAUCCCAAACUAAGGGAAGAUGCAUACGCGACCGGCGAUAUAUAUAGCAAGGAAAAGAUUGAUUGGGAAAUUCCCAGUUCCUCGACAAAGAGACCAUACCUUGCACAUGUCAAGUCUCUUUCAUCGACAUGGCCGUCCCUGAGACUGUUGGCCGAUUUUAUGGAGGUUACCACCUCGCCGAUGCGAUGGAAGGAUAUAAAAACAAAUGAGCAAAAGCGCAACGAACGUGCAUCGCGGACGAAUGUGACAAGGUUAGAUUAUCUUGUCUCUGGCAAAGUAGUCCCACAGAGCUACAAAACCCCCGAGGCUCUAGAAACCGCGCUAAACGAGCAAACCGUAACGGACAAAGAUAGCAAGCGGAAAUUUCGCGUUUUUAUCGUCGAGGACCUCUCACGAGACGUAAUUGAGCUUCUAGGUGCACAUUUAGAUAUCGAGCCCGCCUUUUUCCGGGAACAAAUUUUUGACUAUACUUGGUAUAAUACUCGCGAUCGAUGGGUAGAUCCCCCGCGGCUUAAUAUCGUGACCAAACGGCAGCGAUGGCUUCAGCUUCGUUUCACCACAGCGAGAUAUUUCAAGACAGCGGAAUCUUUCAAGCAAGUGGUCGAAGAGUAUAAGUCAUUUAACGUAUUGAGACGGCCCGAAGAUGACCUUAAUAAUAAGGCGCUGUGGGAUGAAAAAGAUGCGAUUGUAGGGUUGACAAGAACGAGGGCAUCGUUUUGGUUAGGGAGCACAGAUGGUCAUCAGGGGGGACCUGUUGGCGUAUUACUAGUCGACCCAACAGCCAAAGAAGGGUUCCCACUUUGGUACGGUUAUCGAAACUGGGAAGAAACCCCUAGUAUGCACGAAAAAUGCCCACCUCGUGGGCCUCCACGCGGUUCUCUUUAUAGUGAUGUGAUAGAUUGGGCUCAGAAGCCAGUUGCUUUUCAGUCCCAACCAACCGCCGAUCCAGCAUCAGACGACUCAGACGUCCACAUACCAAUCCAAGCUCUGCUUUACAUUGUCAGCUCUGAAUGGCUCCAGAUGUCUGAAUAUAUUCGCACUCGCCUUGGCCAGAUUGAGUGGGAAAUCUCUUUCCCGGAACAUUUCCUGAACAAGGGAAGCGACAUCGAUAUUGCCCUAAAAAAGUUGCACGUGUGGAGGAGACUCGUACCUUUAUACCGUGAGAUGUUGACCGAGACACUUCAGCGGGUGUUCCAAUUCCCUUGCCACCCAACUGGCCUGACCAGCAGUGCAACUAGCUUGGGCAUGAAUCGCAUGAGCAAUAAUAAUAGUAAUGAUCCCAUUGCUGUCACCGCCAGCGGCGGUGAUUCCGCCAGCAGCACCUCAUCCAGGUCUUGCCAAUGCCCAGUUAACGACUCAAACCGCACCGGACCCGGCCCGAUUAAUGCGUUGCGUGACGACUUUGCUCGAAUUCUCCUAUACAUGGAGGAAUACCAACAACGUAUCGACCGCCUUACCUCCGUCGUCACGGCUAUCAUCUCGAUUGCUGACUCGCGGCGCUCACAAGCGGAUAAUAAAAAUGUCGCACGGUUAACAUGGCUGGCAACUUUCUUCAUCCCACUUAGUUUUAUCGCAACACUAUUCAGCAUGCAAGAGGAUAUUGGGAAGUUGCAAGAAACUAUUAAAUGGUACUUUGCUGCGGCAGUGCCGUUGGCUUGCUUAAGUUUGGGAUUUACGUUUCUGUUGGCUUUGCCUAGUGUUCAUAGAUUUGGUUCAAAGAUUGCAAGAGGCGGUAAUGACUUGUAA